GUCCCUCUUCCCAGUUUCAGAAAUUCAGACCUUCAGUUGGAGGUUGUCAACUUUGGACGAUCGCAAGUCAAGAAAUGGCAAACUUGCAACUGGUAACGUCAGAUAAGAGCUGAAAGGGUUCAAAGAGUACGGAUUAUCCGACGUUGACAAUAGUCCAGGCCCGAUAAUGCUAUUUGCUGAUCUUUCAGAACAGAUUUAUUAUGCAUUUAGCCAGACGACGUAGUAAAUCCCAUCGGAAACAGUGAUCGCAACUCGGAAAAAUGAAAUUGCAGCCUGAUAUCAAUAGGAUCGUCUUCUUCUACUACUGGGCAAUAUUGUUCAAUUUGUUACAAAACGCCUACGCCGGAGAUAAAUGCAGUAUAAGCGUAAUAAAGCCUUGUAGAAAUGACAACGAGAGUUGCUACCAAAUAGACAAAUCAUCCAAUGAGGGUAUCUGCAAAUGUAUGAAAAAUUUUACAUAUGUUAACAAUGCAUGUGUACCUCACAAUGAGGCUACAACAGUAUUACCUCAGGAAGUUGUAAGCAAGUUAAAUUACAGCAGCGAAGGAAUUUCAGGUACACUGUGGGUCCUUAUACCUUGCCUGUCGUUAGCGGCCAUGGGUGUGUUGGUCCUACUUGGAAAGCGGUAUCGAGUGACCGAAAGGUUGUAUGCCUUGAGAGUGAGGAGGUACAACACAGUUUUCGUAUCUAGUGCUAACGUCGAUGACGACGCACCAAUAACAUAACAGAAAAUGUAUUUCCCCCUAUGUAAAUAUCCAAGUCAAUGUUACCUACAUUAUUUAUUUAUUGUUUGUGACUAUUUUAUGCUUGUAGACGACGUUUAUUUAACGAUUGUUAUUUACCCAAUGAGUAUUUUCUCUUUGAGGCCGAAAGGAGUAUUUUAAUUUUAAAAACCAAAUUCAUAUAAUGUUUAGUGUAUUUUGUGAAGAGUUUGUUCAGUAUCAAAAUGGGCACAAGUUUCUCGUGUUAUUUUGUAAGCAUUUGUGAAUUGUAAUGGUAUAAAUGUGAUUUUAUUAGCCAAAAAUGUGUAUAUUUUAUCUAUACAAAAUAAAAUGUAUUAUGUGAUAA